AUGGAUCUCUACAUAAAAGUUUCCCUUGGUGUGUUAUCCGUUCUCAUCGUUGCCGCGAACCUCUUCGUUGCUAGUUUGGUUUGCUUGGACAGAGUCCCACGAACAUACACAAACUGGCUGACUGUUUCACUUGCUGUGUCUGACAUACUUACAGGAGGCAUUUUGUUUCCCAUGCUGAUCAUGAGGCCAACACACGCCGUUGUAGACUAUUUGUCCAGUAUGAUCUUGCUCUGGGGUGUUGCUAACAUAUGCGCACUCACUUACGAUCGAUACGUUGCCAUUAUCAAGCCUCUGCACUACACUUACCGGAUACCUGAGAUAUUCAAAAAGACCAUUAUCACUGUAUGGUUGUUUCCAACCGUAUACAGCUUAUUGCCUUUAUUUUGGAGGGAUGAUCGUUCAAAAAUAAUACGCCUGGUGUACCUUGUUUGCUUAGAAUUAACUGGGGUGAUCAUUCCGUACUUCUUCAUUACAAUCGCCUACUUACGGAUUUUUAAGGAUGUAAAGCAAAGCUUAGCAUUGAGAAAAAAUUUGGAUUACGCGAGAAAGCAAGUCAACGAACGCAGAAACAUCUCCUCAGAUGCUCAAGUGGCGAAACUGUUUUUUAUCAUCUCGGUGGUCUUCUUACUCUCGUGGAUGCCGAUCAUUUAUUUGACAACCGCCGUUGAUGUUUUUGGUCGGUUCGACAUCGUUCCAAAUGUUCUGCCGACUAUUUCAAUGUACACAAUAGCUAUUGCUUCACUGGUAAAUCCCUUUGUGUAUGCCUUCCUCAAACCGGAUUUCAGGGUCGUAACACGAAAUAUGUUUGGAAAGGGCAAUCGAGUGCUAGCGAUGUCAGAGACACCU